UUCCUUUCCGGAUCUUUUAUGCUGUUGAACUGACUCAGCUCUCAUGUAUUGAAGUGUCUUUAGUUACGAUGGUGGCUUAAAACCAACUCUCUGUGAACGUUUUCGUCACUUUUGGGUCGAUUUGACGUUUGUAAAAGCUGUCAAUUGAAUAGAAUAGUACGUCCGGUUUUGUGUAAAAUUUGUGUGUUAGCAGCGAACCAGGUUGACGGUUAAUAACGUUGCUGUUAGCCUGUUUAGCUAGUGAAGCGGUUCUGAGAAAAAAAAAUAGGAAAAAUGCUGGACUUCAUAAGUGAGCUGCCCGUGGAGAAGCAGAUAUUUUAUGCUGUUUUGGGUUUUUCGUGGACAGUGUAUUUAUGGGAGGCAUAUCUUGCACAUAGACAGCGAAGGAUAUACAGGUCAACAACACGUGUUCCACAAGAGCUUGGCAAGAUAAUAGAUUCUGAAACAUUUGAGAAGUCCCGACUUUAUCAGCUAGAUAAAAGCAACUUCAGUUUUUGGUCUGGUCUCUAUUCAGAGACAGAAGGAACGCUGAUCCUGGUCCUGGGGGGGAUUCCUUUACUGUGGGAAAUCGCCGGCGCAGGGACGAAACGCUUAGGAUUCAGCCAGGAGUAUGAGAUCACGCAGUCUCUUGUGUUUCUGUCUCUCGCCACCCUGUUCAGUGCUUUCACUGGCCUUCCCUGGAGUUUGUACAACACAUUUGUCAUUGAAGAAAAGCACGGCUUCAACCAGCAGACACUGGGGUUCUUCAUCAAAGACACAGUGAAGAAAUUUGCUGUGACUCAGUGUAUCCUGCUGCCUGUCACCUCGCUGCUCCUCUACAUCAUUAAGAUUGGAGGCGAUUACUUCUUCAUCUACGCUUGGCUCUUCACCCUGGCUGUUUCUCUGGUCCUCGUGACCAUCUACGCCGAUUACAUCGCUCCUCUGUUUGACAAAUUCACGCCUUUGCCGGACGGGGAGCUGAAGACGGAGAUCGAGGCCAUGGCCAACAGUAUCAGUUUCCCUCUCACAAAGGUUUAUGUCGUCGAAGGUUCCAAACGGUCUUCGCACAGCAACGCAUACUUCUACGGCUUCUUCAAGAACAAACGUAUCGUGCUGUUUGACACACUGCUGGAGGACUAUUCCCCCCUCAACAAGGGAGACGAGGCAAAGCCCGAGCAACCAGAAAAUGUCGAGGUUCACACCGAAUCCAAAGCCAAGCCAAAGCACAAGAAACAAGGAUGCAACAACCAAGAGAUCCUUGCCGUUUUGGGUCACGAGCUGGGUCACUGGAAGCUCGGUCAUACUGUCAAAAACAUUGUCAUCAGUCAGAUGAAUUCCUUCCUGUGUUUCUCUCUGUUUGCUGCCCUCAUUGGACGUAAGGAAUUAUUUGUGGCAUUUGGCUUCAAUGACAGCCAGCCCACUCUCAUUGGCUUGAUGAUUAUCUUCCAGUUCAUCUUUUCCCCUUAUAACGAGCUUCUGUCCUUCUGCCUGACGGUCCUGAGCCGCAGGUUUGAGUUCCAGGCCGACGCUUUUGCGCGCAACAUGGGCAAAGCCUCUGAGCUACACUCAUCCCUCAUCAAGCUGAACAAGGACAACUUGGGCUUCCCCGUGGCCGACUGGCUCUACUCCAUGUGGCACUACUCACACCCGCCCCUGCUGGAGCGCCUCAGAGCGCUGGGCAACGUCAAGCAGGACUGACGGGGCUGGAAUGGGGAGCGGCGAGCACUGCCUCCUCCCAAGGGCCUCCGGAGACCCCUACUGGCCCUGUGACACCUCCCCCAAAUCUUAUUUUAUCCUGUUUUAGUAAACGAAUUUAAUGAUUUACUUUUGUGUUUGUUUUAAAUUGUAAAACAUCAGAAUAAGGCAGCCAAAAUAACUUGAAUGGUGCAGAGGCGUCGAGUAAGCACACUGAAAGUACGCGGGGGCAAUGUGUGUUAAAUUGAAUUUUGUCACUGUACAACUCACGUUUGGCAGAUUGGCUCAGGAUAAAGGAUUUGUGCGCUCUGUACUACCGCUCAGGCGUCAUCCCUGAGUUGGUUAUGUGUAGUUUGAUAGCCAAUUAACAUAAAAGUUAGACGUGGCGAAGGACAUGUGACAGCUUCACAGACACCCAGGUCACAAUAUUUAAGUCCUCGCUUCUGUUGCCAGUCAUUCUCGAACCAAAUCAAGGCUAUUAGUAAUACUUAAGUUCACAGUUUUAAAAAAGAAAUGUGGGCCAUAUGUGUAUGUUUUCUUAAUGUGCCUCCUAAUUGUCUUUCUUCUGAUACUUGACCCUGUUAGAGACACAGCAGUGCUGACAUUUUUAUUUGCAUCUGAAUUUGAAUUGUGAUUUAGAAUUUUCUUUGGAGAAGGGAACAGGUCUUCUCAUGCACCUGUUUGCUAACUGGGGUCCAAUGUACAAUGUGUUACCAUGCAUUCGUGUGUUGAUUUGUGGAAAAGAAAAAAAAACAUGAAUGUGGUUUUGAGGUUUAAAUUGAAUGUUAUGUUUUCUUAAUUAUGGAGGUCUUGAAUGAACCCAGAGUUGCCAGGCGAUAUGUUUAUAAGGGACAUUACUGGGGGGAGGGUCUGUGAGGCUUCUUAAGACAGGUUUCAAGACCAUCACUUUGCUCAAUAAAACUAUUCCAAACCAUG